AUGAAAGAAAUUUGGAAAUCCUUUUUAGCCAUUUUGUUUAUCCAUACCAUUUUGCAUGCUGCAAAUGAUUCCAUCAACAUUUCUGAGAGCAUUAGAGAUGAAGAAACACUGGUUUCAUCAGGCGGAAUGUUCGCGCUCGGCUUCUUCAGCCCGGGGAAUAGUAGGAACUGGUAUUUGGGCAUAUGGUACAACAACAUACCAAACCAGACCGUGGUUUGGGUUGCCAACAGAGGAGCUCCACUCACGAAUAAAACCGGCGUCUUAACACUGACCGAGGCAGGAACUCUGUGUCUUGUCAACGAAACCAACGGCCUAAUAUGGUCAACCAACGCAUCACGAACCGUGCAGAAUCCAACCGCACAGUUGCUAGAUUCGGGGAAUCUUGUUGUCAAGGAUGCAGAUGAUGAUGAUGAUAGGCCGGAGAAUUUCCUGUGGCAUAGCUUCGAUCAUCCAACCGACACAUAUAUACCUGGCAUGAAAAUGGGAUCGGAUCUGAUCCGAGGGGAGGAGCGUUACAUGUCAUCAUGGUGGAGUGACGAUGAUCCUGCUCCUUGUAAGUUUAGAACACACAUGGACCUGUCUGGAUAUCCACAGAUAUUCACUGAAGGAGGCAGAGGCGUCAGAUACAGAUACGGGCCAUGGAACGGGGUCCAGUUUAGUGGGAUAGCGUAUACGGUUACAGAUGCUGCGAGUAUCAGGGUUACAAUAGAGAUGAACAGUAACCGAGUAAUGCAUUCGGAAUAUGUCGUGCAGUCAUCUGUAGUUACUAGGCUCACAUUGUAUCCGGAUGGCAACGGAGUCCGCUGGACUUGGAAUGAAGGAAAUCAAGCAUGGAGGAUCUACUAUAGAUUUCCGAUUGACAUCUGUGACGACUACAAUAAGUGCGGUGCAUAUGGCAGUUGCAACGUUGCAGAAUCCCCCCGUGUCAAUGCCUCGACAAAUUUGAGCCCAAGGAUCAGGGGAGCUAGAGUCGAACGGAUUGGUCAGGUGGAUGUGUUAGGAGGGUUCCGCAACUCAACUGCCGGGAUGAUGUGUUCUUGA